AUGAGCGACUUCCAGUAUCAAGGUCCUCUGGAAGACGACCCUGUUACCACCAUAGCCCGUGGGCUCCGCGAGAAACGACUGCGAUUCACCAAAAAGAUACCAAACGAUCACGACAGCGAUAUCUGCUCACCAAGAGACCGCCGCAGUGCCCUUUCCGUAUUCGACGAAGCCAUCGAAAAGAUCGGCGAAGGCAACCGCCUGGAAGUAACUACGGAGGCAGACUACAAGAUCAGGGUGAUCUUAGGAAUCACCAAAGCGCAACCCUCUGCUUCUGUGUUCCAGAACAAGCAACAACUCUCGCCCAUAGACCCCCAGUAUGCAGAGCCACGCAUCGAAUGGCACGACGAUCCAUACAGCUAUCACUCAACUUGGAGGUUGCAGCAUUGGCGCAAAGACGGCUGGCCUGAUUCGUUUCCUGAGAGGGCCAUUCAAAAAGAACGAACUAUGCAAGGGGAGCCGAGGUCUUGGAAAGAUCAAGACUGGGCUGAGCCUGGAGGACUUAGUUGA